AUGGAGUACUUGCCAUGUGGUGACCUACUUGGUUACCUCAGAAAAUGCCGAGGAGUGAGGGAUCGGUUUUAUCUUGGCGAGGGAAGAGCUCAGGAUUUGAACAACUACGAUCUCGUGUUGUUUGCCAAGCAAAUCGCCGCCGGCAUGGUGUUCCUUGGAACGCGAGGUAUUAUCCAUCGUGACCUGGCGGCUCGAAACAUUCUCCUCGAUAACAACUAUGUUUGCAAAGUGACGGACUUUGGUAUGGCAUAUCAAAGCUUCAAGUAUGGCCAUGGAAAUGCCAAAAAGGGACGUUUGCCAAUCAAAUGGACUGCACCAGAGAUUCUGCUAGGAGAGCUUGCUGGACUUUCCACCUUGAGUGACGUGUAUGUAUAG